CACCACCAUAUAUUUAACAGACGUGUGCCGAUCUGUUGUCGGAUUUAUAAGACUGUUAUGUCCCGAAUGUGUUUGUAUUAAAUAAUCUAGCUAGCAUGAGCCUUCAAGCUAAACAUUAGCCCGAAUGUUAGCUUAUAGCUAGCCAUGUUUAUGGUUAAGUGGGAUAUCAAACUUCCUAGUCAUGCCAGUCUGGCUUUGACAUUGCCGCUUGUAGACACAGAUUCGCUAAAUGCUAACAAGCAGCCUCUAUGAACAACCUGAAUGACCCCCCCAGGUGGAACAUUGAGCCAGACCCUAGAGGAAGAGGGGCGGGGGCCGGUGAUGGCAACCAAUGGAACUAUGCCCUGCUGGUCCCAAUGCUGGGACUGGCUGCAUUUCGUUGGAUCUGGACACGGGAGUCUCAGAGGGAGAUCCAUGAGGUCAAAACUCAGUAUAAAAUAGAUGUUUCAAAAGUAAAAAGUGAUAUGGAGGCAAAGUACCGCGAGACCCUAACAGAGAGGCGAAGGGCAGCAGCUACACUCGAGCUGGAGCUGGAAAAGGAGAGGCAGAGGGUGAAAGGCUACAAACAGGCCAUGUUCUCACAGAGCCAUCAGCUGAUGGAAGAACGGAAACAGCUACAUGAGGAGCGUGAAGCCUUGGAGGAAGAGAAGCAGAGGCUGGUAAAGUCCGGCGCUGCAGGGGCGAUACUGCAUCACGCCCUGGAGCGAGAAGACAACUGGUACCAGCGAUCCAAUGCCACUCUGAAGAAUCUGGAGGAUCAGCUUCUGGAGCGCCAGAAUGCCUACUGUUCACUCAUCCAACCUCGGGACCAGCGGCUGGAGAUGGAGAAGGACAUGCUGCUUAAGGUCGUCAAAGACCCUAACCUGGCAGAACUGGACCUAGAGUCUGAUCUUAAGGAUAUUUUUAAGAGAGAUAAGCACUGUGCUGACUUGCUAAACAUGGACAAGAGGAAGAACGGCAGCCUCAUGUGGGUGUACCUCAAGUACUGGCAGCUGCAGGUUACUGUGCAGAAACACAAGAGAGCUGAAGGAGCCAUCUUAGCAGGGAAAAUCCAGUCUCACACAAAGUGACUAACACAAACUGGAGAUUUUCAUUUGACUUUUAAGAAUGUUUUAAGGAGUGGUGGGUCAGGAAUGGAAAAUGCAUGUAUUUCUUUUGUUAUCUUCUUUACUUGAUAGGGUUCUUCCUUGAUCUCAGCUAUGAAACAGAACGAUUAUUUUGUCAGGUUUUGAGCACCUGGUUCAAAACAUUAUCAUAAUUUCAGAAGCCCAAAUUAACUGUGUGCACAUUUUUAAUGAUAAAAAUGCACUAGGAUAAAAAAAGAUAUCCAUAUUGGAUGCACAAUUAAUGAUCUGUACAUAGAGAUGUAUUUUUUUUCCCACUUCAACAUUUUAUCACAACAAUUGUGUCAAUGUGUCACAUUCUGAGUGCUAUGAAUUACUGCUAACAGGGAUAUAUUGUACAUCUGGACAACUCAGCUAUGAAUUAAUUAGGAUUCCCAUUUACUGUUCCACGAUGUGAUGUAGCACAUCUAUGUGUUGCUGCAAGUGUCUUCAGGAAGAAAAAUACAAUAAAUAAUGACUGUGUUCAACACAACACAGAAAACAGGAACCAUUAUCAUAUUGAAAACAUUUUUUUAACGGUAUUUUGCUGGAAAGGUCCGAGAAUGUGGUGUUGGCAUGUUGAUAGACUAUCAUCAGAGAUAUUUAUCAUGAUAUUUUUGGGACUUCAUUUGUUUUUAUUCCAUCUAGAACAUCUAAUACCAAAAGCAUAGUAUGUCUGUUUAUGAUCACUAGUUUUACUUUAUUUCUUUUUUUGUAUUGCUGGUUUUUGGGAGCUUUUAACUAUCAAGUUAACUAUCAGGGACACUGAAGGUGCAUGUGAAUCUAAAUAAGGGAAUAGAGCUCAAAGUAGCGCUCAGUACUGCAACACUUUACCACCAAACUGCAACAAAACUAGUCAACAGCAUCCUUUUACCUCACCCUGCUCCUCUGUGAUGAAAGCAUUAACUAAAGCUGUAGCUUUGCCAAAUAUCUCAAUGCUGUUACAUUUUUGUGUGGACCAUAAAUUUGUGAUUUAGUGCUGGAUAUGAUGCCAUAAAUGCAAAUGUACUGACUAUUAGAACUAUGUGAAAUCAUCCUAAUAAAUUCCAGGUUUAAGGACUUCA